AUGAUGUGGGAGCUGCGAUCUGUAGCCUUCACCCGAGCCGUCUUCGCCGAAUUUCUGGCCACUUUGGUCUUCAUCCUCUUUGGCCUGGGCUCUGCUUUGAACUGGCCCUCAGCCUCCUCGCCCAGCGUCCUUCAAAUCGCUCUGGCUUUCGGCCUGGCCAUCGGCACUUUGGUGCAGGCCCUGGGGCAUGUCAGCGGAGCCCACAUCAACCCGGCCGUGACCGUGGCUUGUCUCAUCGGCUCUCAGGUCUCCUUCCUCAGGGCAGUGUUCUACGUGGUGGCCCAGCUCCUGGGGGCUGUGGUGGGGGCUGCCAUUUUACACCAGAUCACCCCAGCAGACUCCCGGCAAGGCCUGGCCAUCAACAAGCUGCACAACGAGACGACGCCGGGGCAGGCAGUGACUGUCGAGCUCUUCCUCACCUUCCAGCUGGUCCUGUGCAUCUUUGCUUCCACUGAUGAGCGCCGGGAGGACAACCUGGGCUCCCCUGCCCUCUCCAUCGGCCUUUCUGUUGCUGUGGGGCACCUCCUUGGGAUCCGUUACACUGGCUGCUCCAUGAACCCAGCCAGGUCUUUUGCCCCUGCUGUGAUCGUCGGAGACUUCAGUGAUCACUGGGUCUUCUGGGUGGGCCCCUUGGUUGGGGCAGCAGCAGCCUCCAUCAUCUACAAUUACAUCCUCUUCCCACAAGCCAAAAGCUUCUCGGAGAGACUCGCCAUCUUCAAAGGCUGCGAGCCCGAGGAGGACUGGGCUGAGCGCGAGGCGCGGCGGCGGCAGUCGGUGGAGCUUCACUCCCCACAGACCCUGCCGAGGGGAAUGUCUGAGAAGGUGUAG